AUGGUGCAGCUUCCUCCUUCCCCAACAAUGGGUGUCACCAUCACUGGUGAGCUGUCAGAGGACAGGAAGGAAACCCAGGAUGGUACUUGCUUUGAAUUCCCCACUGCAUAUUAUGAGUACGAAAGCUACAUUGAAAACGGACUCAUCUGCCUCAAACACAAAGUUCGCAACUUGGAGAAAAAGAAGUUAAAACUGGAACACUACAAGAGACGCCUGGACAGGGGUGAAGCUCUUAAUAAAGACCAAGUGGCUGCUGUUGCUACAUAUGAGCAAGUCGUACACAACUUGGAAUUUGCCAGGGAGCUCCAUAAAGUUCUGGAUAGUUUGACUCAAAGCCUUCUGAGAUCCCAGAAGAAGGCCUUGAAGAAGGAGCAGCUUGUAAAGAUGGAGGCGGACAGGAGACGGCUAAGCACUGUGCUCAAAGUGCAACAAAUCCUAACAGUCAUCCAAGAGGAGCACGUCCAAAAAGACCUGCUGAACGGACGUAACCAAGCACCUUACUUACCAGAACAUCGCUUGAACAGCCUGAGCCAGCUGGCCAAUUUGCUCGGAGCGAGGCAAGACGACAGACUCGGUUCACAGCAACGGAUGGAGCGAGCGGCUGGGAUAUACAUGGACCUUUUGGAGGGAAAAGAAGAAGCGGUGGCUGGAUCCACAUUCAAAUCCCUGAAAGAAGAGCUUACCAAAUUAUUCAACUACAAUUACUUCUUUCGUCUUCCACCCAAAGCAACUCAAGCAAUAGUAAAAGUGACACACACUGCAAUUUCCAAGGAGCUGGAUGUUCAAAAGGGAUUCCCUGGAAUUCUGUUCAAUUCUUCCACAUUACCCAAAGACCCGACCAUGAGAAAGAAACACUUGGAGGACUUGAUGACAGAGAUCCACGGCUCGUUCAAUUUCAUACAGGAUUCUCUUCUCGAUUAUGAUUCGUCUUCAGAAAACGGACAUUACAGUUUUACAAGGGAGCCGUCGGAGUUGUCUUCACCUCCAGCUUUAAGAAACUCUAUUGAUGUUUUGCCCAAAGAAAUGCAUUCUACCCCGCUCCCUGCCAGGAUACUGGACUCUAAAACCGCUCUGACAAAUGUGGACCAGUGCCUAAAAAACUACAGGGUGGAGAUUUCUUCAAAUGAGUCCCUGCAUUUGCCUGAACAGAAAACAUUAUCAUCCCCGUUGUUUUGUACCCAAGAGCCGGCAAUCACUGUCAGUUUGAAGUCUCAUUUGAAGUCUGAUUUUCCGAUGCAAAAGAUCCAUUGAACUCAUGUUUCAGUACUUCAGGUAGAGCCUAAGUGUGCUAAUUCCAGCACCCAAACACCACCUGAGUUUGCGGCCUUUGAAGAUGACGCGCAAACAUGCGUUUUCCAGAGCAAUUUCGGGCCGCUAUGCGUUUCCAAGGACUCUCAGUCUCAACAUGUCUGUGGGUGUGGAGGACAGCAUCAUUCCAGUGUCUGGCGUAACGCCUCGCAAGUAAGCAGCCCAGACCAGGAAGAAGAAUUCACAGCGGUGGAUUCAGGACACGGAGAUUCCCUUCCAGUCUCCCUCAUGGAGGUUCCACACAGUCCUCACAGACACGAUCACGCUUCCGUACUUCCCGUGCAUCUCUACCCUCUUUCCCAGCCACUUCGAGUUGCUUUCACAGCCUCCCGCACAGCUAAUUUUGCGCCGGCCAACCUCGACCAGCCUAUAAUUUUCGAUCAGCUACACAGCAACCUCGGAGAGAUGUUCGAUACCCACAUCGGUCGCUUCACCUGCCCCGUUAACGGAAUAUACGUUUUCAUGUUCCACAUCCUGAAGCUGGCUAUUAACGUGCCACUUUACAUCAACCUCAUGUGCAAUGAAGAGGUCAUGGUGUCGGCGUACGCCAACGAUGGCGCGCCGGAUCACGAGACUGCGAGCAACCACGCCAUCCUGCCGCUCUUCCAAGGAGAUCAGGUUUGGUUGAGGUUGCAUCGUGGCGCUAUAUACGGAAGCACCUGGAAGUAUAGUACAUUUUCAGGUUUUUUACUUUACCAAGACUGA